AUGUCUGAAACCACAACCUUGGGCAUGCGUUUGUGCUCCGACAACCGCAAUCUCCUCUUCUGCCUCAACGCGAAGUUGAAGGCCUGUUCUCUCACUCAACCUCUCUUCGCCGGCGUCACGGACCGUCUUUAUUGGCCGGACCGAGAAAUGUCUAUUUCGCUUCUCACUUUUGACUGCCUCUCUUGUUGCUGCCACUUUUCAUUGUCGCUUCUGCCGCGGCCUCUUUGUCCGCCUUAUUUCCUGUCACCCUCAUUCCGGUUCCCUCCUCUGCCCGUUUCUUCCUUACCCCUUGCUAACGCCCACAUACACAUACACACACACACACGCGCGCAGAUACAUGCAUGUACACGAGAGAAGAGUGAUGAGUGA